GUGAAAAUGGAAAGUAAAGAUUCAAAACUAAUAAAGAAAACGGGCAGGAAAACCCCUAAGUACUGUUGUAUUUGUAAAGGAAUUUACAGAGGAAAGGUUAUUGAUGGGAGAAAAGUGUCAUUGCACCGUUUUCCUCAGAACAAACGUUUAAAACGUGUGUGGGUGCAGCGAUGUAAAACGGUCAUGAGAUCGUUCCAGUGGAAUGAACACAGACGAUUGUGUAGUGAGCAUUUUGUUGGCUUCAGAGGACCUUCAUUCCAGCAUACACUUCCAUCUAUGUUUCCAACUGAGACUGGUGCUACCAAAACCUUCCAGCCAACGCUCCUUGAUGAAGACGUAGGUGAUGAUGAUGAUGGUGAUACGGUCAAUGACGAUUUAGACCUAGAACUGUCAAAUGAUGAUAGUAUACAGCCACAACUGUCAUUUGUAUCCCCUUCCGGGCAUGCCAUUGAUACCUCUGUCCACCUGCAUGAUUACUGCAUGGGACCAGUACUACAGCCACAGAAUCAGUCCUUUAGAUGUUGUGACACACAGACUGAGAACAACUGUGCAGUGAUGGAAGUACAAACUGAAGAAAGUUUCCUGGGAAAAACAGCAGACUUCAGUUCACAAACAGAACAUUCUACUAGAGACUUUGGUGUACAAUGUCAGCUACCUAUGCUCACAUAUGAUGACGUAAAAUACAAUGACGAUUUGGUCAGUUUUUACACCGGAAUCCCUAAUCGAGUUGUGUUUGAAGCUUUGUUUGAUGAAAUCAAGGAUGAAGCUGAAGUGCGGACAUCAAGGCGGAAACUUAACUAUAAAGAUUCAGAUGGAGGACGGCCAAGAACUCUAAGUGUUCUGGAUGAAUUUUUCAUGGUGCUGAUGCGCCUACGUCUAGGUCUGUUAUUUGAAGAUCUAGGUACUAGGUUUUGCAUAUCCACUUCACAAUGUAGUGACAUUGUUGAAAGAUGGAUCAACUAUUUACAUGUACAAUUAUCCUUUCUUGUUCAAUGGCCAUCUCGUGAGGUAGUGAAAAAUAACAUGCCUGAACAAUUUAAAGAGAAAUAUUCUAACACUAGAAUUAUUAUCGACUGCACUGAAAUUUACAGUGAAACAUCCAGUUCUCUUUCUUUGAAAAGUUUAAUGUACAGUGAUUACAAGUCUCACAUGACUCAUAAGAUUUUGGUGGGUAUAAGCCCAAAUGGUGUUGUAACUUUUGUUUCUGACUGUUGGGUGGGCUGUACCAGUGACAAGAAACUCACAGAAAAAUGUGGACUCUUGGACUUGCUUGAAGAAGGAGACGCCAUAAUGGUUGAUAAGGGUUUCACUAUUACAGACCUUACUACUCCAAGAGGCAUUCAUCUCAUUAUUCCACCAUUUAAACAGAAAGGAAAACAAUUCUCUAAACGUGAGGUUCUCCUUACAAAAGAUAUUGCAAGUUUACGAAUACAUGUUGAAAGGCAAAUGGAGAGAAUCAAGAACUUUCGAAUAUUGCAUGGCAAUAUUCCUAUAACACAGUCAAGGAGAAUUUCUAAAGUGUUCAAAAUAUGCACAUAUUUGACAAAUCUAUGGCCACCACUUGUUCAAUAAUAACUCAUGUGUCAAUGAAAGCGUUUGUAUAUAUCAAGCAUUAGAUUUAGGGAUAAAAACUUGUAUACUUCUAACUAGAACAAUGAAAUUACAAUUUUGUUUUAAAAUCAUUUUUUCGAGCAAGUUAUAUGAUAACAUAUGAGAUUACACAUUUGAUUCAGGUUUGACAAAAAUGGAUAAGGAAAUAUGCUCAUGUGAAUGGAUUUCAAGAUUUGAUUUGAAACAUGUAUGCAUUAACUGAUCAAUUUAUUGAUAUAAUUUUUUGUUUGUGAAA